GGGCGGGGGGCGGGACACCUCCCUCAGCAGCGGGUCUGCAGCCUCAUCGCCUGUCCCAGCUUUUUGCAGAGAGAAGAAAGAUGGAAAGUAAUGCAGUUUUACUGGAAUCCAAAUCCUCUCCUAUCAACCUGCUGAAUGAAAUGCAUCAGCUGCGUCUCCUGGGCCACCUCUGCGACGUGACUGUCAGCGUGGAGUAUCAAGGUGUCAGGGCAGAGUUUGUUGCUCACAAGGCUGUACUGGCAGCAACAAGCAAAUUUUUCAAGGAGGUGUUCCUUAAUGAGAAGGGCAUGGAUGGCCCAAGGACCAACGUGUUCUUGAAUGAGGUCCAGGUUGCUGAUUUUGCUUCAUUUCUUGAGUUUGUUUACACUGCUAAGGUAGAAGUAGAAGAAGACAGAGUGCAGCGUAUGCUAGAAAUAGCCGAAAAGCUGAAGUGCUUGGACCUCUCGGAAACCUGCUUUCAAUUAAAGAAACAGAUGCUUGAAUCAGUGCUGUUGGAGUUGCAAAACUUCUCUGAAUCACAGAACUCUGAGGAGGAGAGCGCUACCCAGCCAAGCAUUUUGCUCGAGUCCAAAGCAGCUGCUGUGGCAGAAACUGACCAAGCGGACUGUCUCCUGGAUCCUCCAGAUUCCCCAGCAGACAGUCCCAGCAAUGGAGUGUCUCCUGAGAUGCCAGCUGCCAAAUCAAAAGAGAAAAUGGACAAAAAGAAGGAAAUGAUGAAGCCUCCUUAUGCCAAAAUCAGAAGGGCAAGUGGGAGACUGGCCGGGAGGAAAGUGUUUGUAGAAAUCCCAAAGAAGAAAUACACAAGGCGGCUGAGGGAGCAGCAGAAGAAUGCAGAGGUUGCUAUUGAAGAAAACAAAUACCCUCAAAAUCAGGAUAUGUGUGAUAUGGAGAGGGAGGAGGAGCAAGCAGAGAACAACAUCAAACCUGAAAGCGAAGAAUGUGAUGGCAACUUUGAAUCCGAAGAAAACCUGAAAAAAUCCAAAGAGGAUAAAAAGAAACGAGGCAGUAACUUCAAGUGCAGCACAUGCGAGAAGGAAUUCCUGUAUGAGAAAAGUUUUCUCAAACACAUAAAGCACAGCCACGGCAUUGCAGCCGAAAUCAUUUAUCGGUGUGAAACCUGCAGUCAGACCUUUGCCAACCGGUGCAACCUAAAAAGCCAUCAGCGCCAUGUCCACAGCAGUGAGCGCCACUUCCCUUGUGAGCUCUGCGGUAAGAAGUUCAAGAGGAAGAAGGACGUCAAGAGGCACAUUCUCCAGGUUCAUGAGGGUGGUGGGGAGCGUCAUCAGUGCCAACAGUGUGGAAAGGGGUUGAGCUCCAAAACUGCCUUGAGGCUCCAUGAAAGGACGCAUACAGGCGACAAGCCUUAUGGGUGCACAGAGUGUGAGGCUAAAUUUUCUCAGCCUUCUGCACUUAAAACACACAUGAGAAUCCAUACUGGUGAAAAACCUUUUGCCUGUGAUGAAUGUGGUGCCAGGUUCACUCAGAAUCACAUGCUUAUAUAUCACAAACGAUGUCACACAGGAGAACGGCCUUUUAUGUGUGAAACAUGCGGGAAGAGCUUUGCCUCUAAGGAGUACUUGAAACACCAUAACAGAAUCCAUACUGGAUCCAAACCGUUCAAAUGUGAAGUUUGCUUCAGAACGUUUGCACAGAGAAAUUCGCUUUACCAGCAUAUAAAAGUUCACACAGGUGAACGACCCUACUGCUGUGACCAGUGUGGGAAGCAGUUCACGCAGCUGAACGCGCUGCAGCGGCACCACCGAAUACACACGGGGGAGAAGCCCUUCAUGUGCAAUGCCUGCGGGCGAACUUUCACUGACAAGUCCACCCUCCGACGGCACACUUCGAUACACGAUAAAAACACACCCUGGAAGUCCUUCCUUGUUGUUGUUGAAGGGGCAUCUAAGAACAACGAAAGUCACAAAACAGAGCUUCCCGACGAAGAGUAUGAGGUGUCACCUAAACUACCAGAGAAGCUGCUGUCUUUUUCUGAAAACAGCCACUAUCAACACUUGACUGCUGUCCCAGGGAGCGUGACUGCGCUGCAUGACAGUGGUUCUGCCACGGGACCAGACUGUAAAUCAGAUGGGACUCCAGGAGCCCAGGAAGCCCUCAUAGCUACCACUCUGAGCGAGCUGACAGUGCUGCAUACACAGACAGACUCUCUCCAGCCACAGCUUCAUGCUCUGGUGAAUAUGGAAUAAUUUGGUAUUUACAACUCCACUUUAAGCUGCGCCUUUUGUAUAAUCCUUUGACUUUGCCAAUAACCCACUGAGGGAACUAGAAGCCGAACAAGGAAGUGGGGUUAGACAUGAAAGACAUGUGCUGUGUUUCCAGAAUUCCCUCCAAAAAGUCAUUACCACCCCCAGUGUAUCGCUUCAUCUCCUGAAGGCAGGGCAGAGUAGCACCACAGCAGAGGGGUGGUGGCAGAGGAGGCAGAAGUCUGGGGAAGUUCAUUCCUUACAAAUAAAAGGGUGUAGUUCCACUUGUUUGCUCUCGCUGGCCUGCAGUGGAAAGAAGUACCUACAUCCAGAGAGGCUGUAAAGAAGGUGCCAGUUUGAUUUGCAGCUGAUGACACAUGUACAAUCAAGAGAAAUGACAAUGUGUUUCUCAGCCUAGUAACUAAGUUAAUUGUGUUUUCCCUAGUGGGAAUUCAUACACAAAGUAAGUUUUACUGAAUCACUUUUCAGGAAGUGUUGGUUUAUCUCUGCUGUUGCCAAAGAUACAAGCAGUGAGCCAGCUCACUCCUUGGGAAUAUGAGUGGAAGCAAGCUUUGGAAAGAUCUGGGGUUUCAUUCCAGGAGUUCUGAUUCUCUAGUAGCAAAACGGGCAAGUGGGAGCAAAGUGCUGCAUCUGUACAGGUGCUGGGAUUAUCUUUACAUUAUGGUGCACUUUGACACUUGGGUUCAGUCAGGCACUCUUCAUCUUCUAACUGCUCCAGAUUACGUACAACUUGGCAAUUUGGAGAGAAAAACAUCUCUUGUAAAAAUGCCUAUGAAAAGUAAGUGUAGAAAGACAACUAUUGGCCGUUUUCUGUGAAUUUGUAUCAUUUGAGCUGUUUUCUGGUGGCUCAGAGAGAUCAGCAAUGCUCUUUUCUCCACCAUCACUUAAACAGAGCUGCAGACCUCCUUUUAUACUCCACUGGGAACAGUUAACUACUGUUCUGCUGUUGAGUUGCUACAGCCAAUUCCACCAGUGCAAGAGUCUCCAGAGGUAAAUUCCGUUCCAAACAGGAGGCAGUCAGGAUUCUUAUGACUAGCGGCAUAAAGAGAUUCGAGUAAGUAAAAAAUGUACUGGACUAUUCAAGGGAUUUAGGCCUUUCUACCCCAGCUUGUGAGUACUUCGUAAGCCUACCUUGGCAUCUCAACAGCGGUUUCAGGCUUGUGUCUGUUUAACUGGCCCCAGCGAGCUAUUCAGAGGCAGGCCUUAAGAGCACAAGCAAUGCAAAGGUGUUAAUGUAUUAGCAUCUGCUGCUAAAUUUUAGUAGAAAAACCCUGGCAAUGCACCUUUGUUUGUUUUACAUAAGGAAAUGUGGCAAAAUGCUCACAGGGACUGAAGGUACCAAGCGUGACUUCUGUUCAGCCCACACUCCAAUGCUGCCACUCCACCAGCCAGCCCCAGCACCUGCUGGCUUUGGCAUCCCCUGAGAAUCACACCUCUGUUCUGGCACUGUGUACCCAGACAGACAGAUCUUUCUUCCUAUCUCCUCACCUUCCUUGGGGCUUGUCUCCCCUUGUUCUCCCCAGUUACUGCCUGUAGCUGAAAAAGCUGCAGUACAGAAAACCAGAGAGUUUGUGUCCAGGGUAAGCGUUUUUUCUAUUUCCUUUGCUCACACUGAAGCUGGGCUGGAGUAAGGUUACUUUAGUUGACCUCACUCAGGAGGAUUUGGAGCAUUUUCCCUGUGCAGGGAAGGAAGCUUUGAAAGAGCUGGCACUGACAAAGAAACAUCUGACUGGGAUGACUCUUGGUUUUGGGAGCAGCUGUGAAUCAACGGCAACUUGCUGGUACAAUUAACAUGUCAAACUCAGGAUCACAUUCCCAGUGCCACUAUGUGAAAAUCUGGAGCUUUUCUACUUCAUUUUUCUGUUUUGCUUUUGUCUUUAUUUUACUAUUACUGUAGUAUUUCCACAGAAACUUUCUUAGCUGAAGUUGCAAGAACUCCUCUGAGAGAUUGCGUUAGUGUAAAGGUAAGCACAAUCAAGCCUUGCUAGGGCCCGUUCUGAGGUUUAAGGGUUGGCAAAGCAAUAACGAUACCCAAACUGUGGCACAGAGCUAUUUUUGAACCUUAAAGGGAUCUUUGUGUUACUGUGGAAUCAUAAUUUAAUCUAGAGAAAGGGAAUUUUUUUAAAAGAGCACACUUCCAAGAGGUUAUAUUUGAAAUAUUUAUUCAAGCACGCUGUUCCUGUUGAAGCUCAGUAUUCCCUGUGACCCAUGUAAAGAGGUUGUAGAUAUAUUUAAAGUCUGAGCAUUAGCACUUGUAGCCAGGGAACCUUUUGUACUCCAUGAAUGUAUGGAAGUGAGUUACUUGUAUGACCUGUUCUUAUUAAAAUAUUGAAAUCUUGAGACUGACCCUUCCAGUGACUUGAUCAAACAUUUCUAAACCCUCUGCAUAAUGCAUGGACGCCUGUCACUAUGACUGUGCUAAGACUAGGCUAAGUUCCGAUCCGGCUCAGUUGCAGGCCUGAAUCUGUGGGGUGCCACCUCUUCCUCAGGCCUGUCACCCUGUCGGAGUACCAGCACAUAGCCUGACUCUUCUGUGAGUUGAGCUGGCUUUCCAGGUGCUCACCUUCCACUAGAUGUGAAAAAACAUGCCUGAAGAAAAAGGAAAUAGAACACUUUGGGACACUACCCUUUCCUACAGCUGACAGGUUGUACAACAGGCAAUUAAGUGCCAUGACAGCCACUGUAAAGUCAUCAGCCAGGGCUUCCUACACAAGUAUUCACCCUUAGCACAGGCCUUAACGGGUCACUAAAGUAAUGGAAUGGCAGCACUCUGCCUGCUGGCUUUUAUCAUCACACCCUACGGCUUUACACCAGGCUCCAGCCUGAGCCUGCCUUUUGCAUUUUCCAGGAAGGAACAUUUAUCACUACUUAAUUUCAUGAUUUUCACUUUAUUAAUGUACAGAUUCACACAAAACAUUAUAUUCUUGCUAAGGCUUUUCAUUAGUAAGUUUUCAUAGUACAGAGUGGUGUACUAGGGGGAAAAUACAGCAGAGUGGCAGAUCGUCACUUUAGAACUGUCACAAUUUACCACUGAUACACUGGAGGACAUGCUGUAGCUUACUUACACAGAACUAACAGUUGUAUUUUAAUGAUAUUACUCCAGAGCACAGUAACAGACCACACAACCCCAUGGGUACGGGCUUCUGCUCCACCAGCUCCCUCUGCACCUUGUCACAACUGUGCCUAAUACUGACAAUAGUAAAAGGGAACACCAAAAAAAAAAAAAAAGGCAUAAAAUCUUCACCUUGGUUCUGUAUAAUGCUAAGAAAAGUAAACCUCAGUGCCUGUGCAUCCCUUUGCUGGGGCUCCAGAGGCGCUAGACACAAGUCCAGGUAAACCUGGAAACAAACAAAACUGGUUCCAACCCCAUCCUUUUACCACAGUUCAGUGAGGAGAUCAGAGCUGCAGCUCAUGCAGCUUAGCUGUAGGAACCCCUACUUACCAGGCUGGCUGCAGCCUAAACUCUGCCUUUUUUCUGCCCAGUGGAGGUGGCAGAAGCAUGCGAAGGACACCGGUAGAGGAACAGGAGGCCCUCAGAAAAACAGCAGUAGGUCCCUGCUUCUGCUGAGCCAAGGUGUGGACAUAGAUGAGGACCAUGCAUUAAACUGAAUUUGAAGGAUUUCUUUGCCAAGUUUGUGGGAAGGACCAAUGUGACACAUAGUGGUCUAAGCUAAAGUAAUGGUUUUGAGGUUUAGCAUGAGCUGUAGCCUUAAAAGCUCAUCUGAGAAGUUAAGAAACUGAAGCUGCUUGGAAGAACUUUUGCAGUGCACCCACCUUGCCAGGUCUGCACAGCUCACGGGCCUGCUCUAUCAAGUUAGGAUGCACAGCAUAAUGUCUGCAAAAAUAAGUGACCAGUGUGAGAUCAAUCAGGAAAACACAAAAAUUAAUUUGGCAUGUACCAGGAGCGUUUUUGGGUCAUCUUUUUCAUAAGCUGGUGGUAAAGUACCACUUUAAUAGAACUAAACCCUUUAGAUUCAUAAGCCAAACUGCGGUCAACUAAAAUACCUGUAUUAAAAACAAACAGAUGAGAAGUACAAAAGCUGGCAUUUUGGUUGCCAGAGACUAUCACUUCAAGAGAAACAAUAGGCAGUUCCCACCAAAGCUGCCUGCUGGGAGCUACCAUGAUGUUCCUGCUCUGGCCAUGGAAGAGGACCCACUUAAAGCAGGUAGUUAAUUACUUUUUCAUUCUUUGCAGAGAAAUACUAAGUGACAACUCCUGCUGACAAACUGCAGAGGCUCCCAAGCCCUUCUCAAUAUGUAGAGAUGAAGUAAAAAGUAGCUCAAUCCUCUAGUUAAACAAAGCACUGCAUGGAAGAGCCCUGGUUGCAGACAUUUAAAACCACAUUUCUAAAAUUACUGCAGGAAUUUUUAAGUGUCUCUGCACCUUUUCAAAGCAAGCUUGAUCCAAGUGUCACCCAGACAACUGAAACAAGGUUUCUGUAUAACAUCAGGUCUCGGUCAGUGCUUUUGCACAUCCCAGGAAUGAGGCGGCUUCGCCAAGAGGUUGGAAAUUGAACGGGUACUGCCCGGCGCACACAGAAGACCUGUACUAGAGACGGCAGCGGGAGUUCAUGUAAACGAAGAGUUAGAAAAAUAGAUUAUUACUCAGGUCAAGUUAUCUUGGGGUAGGAGGGAUGGGAUGCACCACAAAAUAAAGUGGAAAAAUAGAUCCAAGAAAAUAGAGGAGAACCUUACAUUUUAUAUUUAGAUCUGAAAUACAAAAUAGACCAUUAACUAGGUCUACUCACAACAACUGUCACCAACCUAAGCAGUCCUGUCCCCUAGCACGUAACGCCUUCAGUGCGCGGUCCUUAGGUAUGCUGUAUUUAUAUGUGCACACAUGUAUCUGUAUAGGGUGUAUACACACACAUGCACACUGUAUAUACAAGUCACAAAGCCUUUCACUAGCACCAUUAGAAAAGCUCAAUCAUUUAAAAAA